AUCGUUAUUAUGGAAAUUAUUUUACUAAAUAAUGUUAAAAAAUUAUAUGAUAAUGAGUUGUAUGCAUCUGUUAUACCAACUGCAAGUUUAUUACACACCUUACUCCAAAAUGAUCGGUCUCUGGCUACUUCAGAAUUGGAGUAUCAGGUUCUGUUGUAUUACGGUAAUGCUUGUUAUUAUGAACGUCAGUAUCGUGUAGCUAUUAAGCACUUUAAUGCUGCUCUUUUGAUGCGUAAAAGCAUGAUACGUUAUAAAAAUGUUCAUUUAGCAGCUAUUGAGAACACUUGCGAACAAUUUGGAGAGAUUGAGACACGUUAUAGAUUGGCAACUUGUUAUAGAGAUUUAGGAGAACAUAGUCAAGCCGUAGCAACUUUACAAGCUUUGCCGGCGAAAUCCCGUACUCCUAAAGUGAAUAUGUUACAAGCCAAACUUGUUCAACAAGGAGGUUCUUCAAAUACAACAGAGGCUAUAUUAGCUUACAAGGAUGUGUUACGUGAAUGUCCUCUAGCUAUGGAAGCUAUUGAGGCACUGUUGGAAUUGGGAGUGAAUGGUAUAGAAGUGAAUUCUCUGGUAGUAAAUGCGAGCAGUGUACCAAAAAAUAUAGAAUGGCUAAGCAAUUGGAUUAAGGCUCAUGCUCAAAUGUAUAGUCGCAAUCAUUUGGAAGCCUCAAAAACAUUUCAAAGUAUUAAUGACAACACAAAAUUCCACCAAAAUGAGCAUCUAGUUACUUUAAUAGGAAAAAGUCUUUAUUACUAUGGAAACUCCACGCAAGCCCAAUUAUAUCUCGAGAUGGCGGCUAUGAUUAAUCCGCAUAAUUGGGAUGCAAUUAUGCCACUGUCAGUAGUAUAUGAGUACAAUCAAAAAUUACAAGGUUUGGAUAAAUUGACUGCCCAAAUGACGAAUAUACAUGAAUUCACAUCCGGCCAUUGGUUUGUGAUGGCGCAAAGUUUCUAUGCUCACGGCAUGUUAGAGAAAGCUUCGUCCUUUGCUUAUAAAGCUUUAACCCUAAAUCCGCGAAAUGUUGAGGCGCAAUUGCUAAGAGGGAAAAUAUGCUUGCGAACUAAACGGCAUAAGGACGGAAUACAUUUUUUUAGAGCCGCCCAAUGUGUAGCCAAUUAUCGCUUUGAGGUGUAUAAAGGAUUGUUCUAUUGCUAUAUGGGAAUGAAACGUUGCAAAGAGGCUCAAACGAUGUGCGCGUUGGCAGUGCGUUAUUUUCGUAAUUUACCCAGAAGUUACGUGAUGUUUGCUCGCACUCUGAUUCACUCUUCGCACCCUCAUCCCAAAAAGAGUGCUAAGAAAGUAAUAGGCAAAGCUUUGGAAAUCGACGAAUAUUACGCACCGGCUGUGGCUUUAAUGGCAGAAUUGUGUCAAGCCGAGGGCGAAACUCAAGAAGCAAUCGCAUUGCUUAAAAAACAGGUUAUCAAUUACCCGCAUUAUAGAUUGUUCACAAUGUUGGGAGACAUAUUGGCUGGUGAAAAGGAUCUCAAUGGUGCUCUAGAAUACUACACUACCGCUUUAAGUAUGGAACCAACCUAUCAAAGAGCUCUCGAAGGUGUUAACGCUUUAGGCAAAGUGUCGUGGUCGAACAAUAAAAACGAACAAGAUACUUCAAUGACCUCUUCAACGAAUCAAGACGAGGAAUGGCCUAUCGAAUGCGACGAACCUUCUAUUGAAGCCGUGGAAUUGUUGUCCUCACCUGCCGUAGCACACGACGAUGGUGAAUCGGAUACAUUUUCCGAUCCUUUCUGGCAAGAUGUAGAUGCCGAAUUGACCAAUUAAUCGAUAGUCUUCAGAUGGAAAGCAAUAUUUUGCUGCUUAUAAUAAUAAUAAGUGUCGCAUUGUUUUCUCAUUUCUAGCCAAUUUGAAUUUUGUGAAUCCCUAUAAUUUUCCAUAUUUAUUACAUAUAAUAAACUUAUAAAGCAUCGA